AUGCUGAGGAACCGACACGAUCAUCAGCAAAAACCUAAGAACCUACAACAUGGUGGAGGCCUCUCUAGUGUAGACCAAUAUCAUCAAAGCAACACCAUACAUGAUGAUGCUGACCUGAAAAAGAAUAAAAGGUCUUUUGGCGUAUCUAGUCGUACGGCAUGCCAUAUUGUUAUCACUGUGGUGGGCUUCUUCAUCAGCUUUUUCAAGAUAUGGUACCCAGCUGAGGUCGUGUUCGAUGAAGUACAUUUUGGUAAAUUCGCUGGCUACUAUUUGAACCGCACGUUCUAUUUUGAUGUCCAUCCACCUCUUGGGAAGAUGAUGUUUGCUGCUAUGGGCUAUUUGAUCGGAUACCGUGGGCAUUACGAUUUUGCUGAGAUCGGCGAAAGCUAUGUAGAGCACAACGUCCCAUAUAUUGGAUUGCGCGCGUUGCCGGCCUCUUUGAACGUUUGGAGUAUUGCACUUAUGUACGCCAUCAUGAAACAGUCUGGUUACUCCACGCUAGCUUGUGUUGUCGCGUCUGGCAUGUAUCUUUUUGAUAAUGCUCUUGUUGCACAGCAUCGACUGAUUCUGCUGGACAGUUCACUCGUAUUUUACAUGCUUCUUACGAUAUACACAUACAUUCGCUUUUACAAGCUGCGGCAUAGAUCCUUUUCUUUUGGGUGGUGGUCUUGGCUCGUGGCAAGUGGAGCUUCCAUGGCGAUGGUUUUAAGCGUGAAAAUGGUUGGACUUUUCACUGUUGGUUCGGUUGGCGUUGCUGUGGCGGCUGACUUGUGGAGUCUUCUUGACAUUCGAAAUGGUCUUUCUCUGAAAGAGUUUGGAGCACAUUUUUUGGCACGUACGGUCGGUUUUAUAAUAGUGCCAACUGCUGUUUACCUUUUCUGGUUCUAUGUUCAUUUUGCUGUACUGAAUCAGUCCGGUCCUGGCGACGUUUAUAUGAGUCCCAGUUUCCAAGCAACACUCGAAAAUUCACCAGUAAGCUUGAAGACCCUUGAUGUACACUAUUACGAUAGCAUCACAAUUUUCCAUCCGACUACGUCCGUAUACCUUCACUCGCACGAGCAUCGCUAUCCACGACGGUAUGAAGAUGGAAGAGUUGGAAGUGCAGGCCAACAAGUUGUCGGCGUAUCCGAUCCUGAUGAAAACAGCUAUUGGCGCGUAAAGCCAACAAAGGACAUCCCAAAGGAUAGUCGUGUUUUAGUACGCCACGGAGAUAUCAUUCAAUUAGAGCAUACGGCCUCAGGACAGCACUUAUUGACGCAUGAUGUCGCGUCACCGUUGACGCGUACAAACCAAGAAUUCACAGUGGUGCCUCCUGAAGAGCGAUACAACGAGACUUUGUUCAAAGUGCUCUUAGACGAUCAUGCCAACGGGGAUACUAUGAAGACCCAAAUGAAAUCAUUUAAGCUGGCGCAUCAAUCCACUACAGUGGCAAUGUGGACUUUUAAAGAAGAGACACUACCAUUGGAAUGGGGUUUCGGAUUACAGGAGAUUAAUGGAAAGAAAGACCACGUAAAGGAGAAAACUGCAUAUUGGAGAGCUAUGGAUAUUCAGGGUGUCAAUGCGACAGAUAUCAACUUGAAGAAAAAGAAAGAGCACCGGGAGAAACCAAUGCCGUUCUGGAAAAAGUUUCUGGAACUGCAAAUACGAACAAUAAACCAUAACGCGGGUCUAAACACACCUCAUCCGUAUAAGUCAAGACCUCUUUCAUGGCCACUCAUGCGUCGGGGCAUUUCAUACUGGCGAAACGAGUUAACGCGUGAACAGAUUUACAUGACCGGUAAUGUCUUUGGUUGGCUACUCGGUUUAAUCACGAUUUUAUGUUUCGGUGUUGUUGCUGCCAUGCAAACUCUAGCGAGACAAAGGGAUACACAUGCUGUACAAAAUCCCGCCACACGUCAGCGUGUAUUCCGUUCAACAGGAUUCUUCGGUAUCCUUUGGACUUUUCACUAUAUUCCUUUCUUCUUUAUGGGACGCUCUCUCUAUUUACAUCACUAUCUACCAGCCGCAGCAUGCAGCUAUCUGCUGAUCGGUUCUCUCUUCCAAUUUGCGUGUAUUAAUGGCAUCAAUUCGCCUACAUCGCCGACUCGUACCUCGCAAGCAGCUGGCAACCAACAGCAGCAAUCCUUCACGUCAAUGGUUGCUAGACCAUCUUACUGGUCUUACUUGAUUGGCAUUACCAUUUUGAGCGUGCAAUUUGCCAUUUUUGUGUAUUUGGCACCGUUGACCUAUGGCUCUCCAGGACUGUCCAAAGAGCAAGCGAAUCAGAGGAAAUUAAUCAAGUCUUGGGACCUAGCGUUUGCAUAA